AGCAAAUCUAAACAUCCACAGAGGUACAUAAACGUUUCCGCCAAAGGCAAAAUGGUGGACUUGUUAUCAUCAUUGGCGCCCCGCAAAAAUCUAAAAAUCUGUCUGUACAUACUAUCCUAGAGGCUUUGCACACUAUAUCACCAUGUUUAAGAAAGCCAAGAGGUGCAAUUUCAGACGGAGGAAUGACUCUGAAGACGAAGAGAAAGAGGAGGACCAACAGUCCGGCGGGCCCGGGGCUGAAGACUCGGCGAGCCCGAGUGAGUCCACCACCAUCACCGGCCCCGCUCCUGCAGCAAACACGCUGAACAAUCACGGAAACGGAUUUCAGCCCGGUGCUGUCAAGUUCAACAAAGAGAAGAAGAGAAAGAAUGAGAAUCGAGAGGAACCGAAAGCGAGUCUGCUGAGCUUCCACGAUGAUGAAGAUGAGACUGAAGUGUUCCGUGUGAAGAAAUCCAACCACAGCAAGAAGAUUGUCAAGCAGCUGAAGAAAGAAUAUAAAGAGGAUUUGGAAAAGACCGGCAGUGUCAUACCGGAUCAAAACACACGCAUUGGUGGACCUGCUCAGAAUCUGUCAAUUAAAGAGGAGCCCUUGGAGGGCAGCAGAGCCAGCAGUGAACAGGGAGAAGAAGAAAUGGAGGUGGAGAGCAAUGAGGAACAGGAGGAGGAUGGCGAGCAAAGGCCUGCAGGUGGAGCAUUUAGCCAAACUCUGUCGGCUCUCAGCUCGCUCAAACCAGGCGAGAUCCCUGAUGCGGCCUUCAUUCAUGCUGCUCGUAAACGUAGGCAGAUGGCUCGAGAGCUCGGGGGUGAGGCUCCGCUGGUCGAGAAUGAGGCUACAAACAAGCGCCUCACUCAUGAAGAUGAGAACGGUGGCAGUGACGACGAAGAUGAGAAGAGAAUCGUCUUCAGUGGAGUCAAGAUGAAGAGUCAGAGGCAGAAAAUAGCAGAGGAGAUCGGUAUUGAAUGCAGUGAUGAUGAAGCUCUAGAUGAUGGGCAGGAUGAGGAAGUGAGUCGCUGGGAGCAGGAGCAGAUCAGGAAGGGCAUUAGCAUCCCACAGGUGAGUCCAAACCCCCAAUCCGAGGAUCCAACUAUGUAUUACCAAGGCAGUUAUGAUGCACAGCCAUAUGGAGCAUCCUACGCCAUGCCCUUUAGCUACGCUGCCACAGUUGGAGCAGACAACAGCAAGCCUUUGAAAGCAGAUCCCUCAGUUCCCAGUUAUCCCGUUCCCUCUUGUGACCUGACCCCUAUAACCACAGAUCUGGUAAAGAAACGACUCAAAGACAGGCUGAGCUUCAUGCACAAUGGGCACGAUUCCAAUGCCCGGCGCUUUGAGCAGAUCCAGGAGGAGCUGGAGGCCUCCAAAAAGACCAUCCAGCUCCUGGAGGGCUCCUCACAGGAGGCCGCAGACAAAUAUAGAUUCUUGCAAGAAAUGCGAGGGUAUGUUGGAGACUUGCUUGAGUGUUUCAGUGAAAAGGUGCCUGUUAUUCUGGAGCUAGAGGUCGCCAUGCACCAGUUACUUCGGCAGCGGGCGUCCCGUCUCGUCCAGAGAAGACAGGAUGAUAUUAAAGAUGAAUCGUCGGAGUUUUCCAGCCUUUCAAGUAAGGCUGUUAUGGCCCCUAACUUGGAUUCAUUCGGUAGAGAUCGCACAGCCUAUCAGGAGCUGGCCAAGCAGAGGAGGAUAGCUGAAAGAGAAGCCAGACGAACUCGUCGCAGACAAGCUCGAGAGCAGAACGGCAAGAGAGCCGAGCAUAAGGAGGGGCUGUCCAGUGAUGAUGAAGAGACGUCGACUGACAUCACCAGCUUCAACUUGGAGAGAGAUCGCAUUUUAACAGAGUCAAAGAAGGUUUUUGAGGAUGUUAUGGAGGAUUUCCACUCGCUGGACAACAUAAAGGCUCACUUUGAGACCUGGAGAAAGCUAUAUUUUACUUGCUAUAGAGACGCCUACAUCGGACUUUGUCUGCCCAAACUCUUCAACCCCCUUAUUCGACUACAGCUCAUCUCAUGGUCUCCGCUGGAGGUGGUGUGUCCUAACUUUGAGUACAUGCUGUGGUUUGAGUCUUUGCUCUUCUAUGGCUGUGGGGAGCAGAGCGCCCUAAAGAAAGAGGAAGACAUAGAUAACAGCCUGCUUCCUGCUAUUGUGGAAAGAGUGCUGCUUCCUAAACUAGCAGUACUGACGGAUCAGGUGUGGGAUCCGCUCUCCAGCAGUCAGACAUUCAGACUGGUGACUUUCAUGCAAAGGCUGAUUAAAGACUAUCCCACUGUGAUGCUUGGCGACAACCGCAACACACAAGAGCUUCUGAGGACCGUAGUCAUACGAAUUCGACGAACUCUUGAUGAUGACAUUUUCCUGCCUCUGUUUCCAAAAAAUGUAAUGGAAAACAAGAACUCUGGUCCUUACCUCUUUUCUCAGAGACAGUUUUGGUCUUGUGUAAAGUUACUUGGGAAUAUCUUAUUAUGGGAUGGGAUCCUGUCUCCGUCUGUGCUGAAGGAGCUCGCUGUGGACAGCACACUAAACCGUUACAUUCUUUCAGCCCUGCAGACUACAGAUGUUAGCGAGGAACAUGUGGAGAAAUGCCGCAGGGUGGUGGAGUGUUUUCCUGUGCAGUGGUUCAGCAGUCUUAAAGGACAGCAGACUCUUCCUCAGCUGGAGAACUUCUGCAGAUAUUUGAAACACCUGGCCAGCAGUCUUUACCGCAGCUGCGUGGCUGGAUCAGACAUGGAGAAGAGAAACGUGAGGGAACACAUAAAGGAGGUGGUUAGGCUUCUGGGACGGCUCAAUGCUUUAGACCACGUGAUCGCAGUUGCCUCAGAACACGGAAUUAAAGAUAUAAAGACUCUCCUGGAGAACAAAUGAAAGGCAAAGCAAUGGGAUGCGUUUUUGGAUGAACCACACCAUGUAAAUACUGUGAAUAUUGUACAUUUAUUUGUGCAGCUGAAGGGUUUCCUUUGGGGACAUGUUGGUGGAAUCUAGUGAUGUUUCUCCUUCAGUAGAGUUGAAAUCCAAUGAAAGUGGCGUUUGAAGUGCACUCUGCUGUGUUAAGACUUUUGUAAUCCCUUUCCUUAGGAGAGGUCACUUCUUUUUACUUCUGUUUUUUUAAAUGGAUGGAUUCUCUUAAUGCAUCUUUUAAACUGUCCAUCACUCUGCAGUAUCAUUACCUACACUUUGCAGCUCACACAUGGGUUCUGUGCUCUUUCCCUUCCACAAAGACUGCACUAAAGUUGAUCUCUGAAAGCAGGUUACAUACUGCAUAUUGUAGUCGUUCAAAAAAUAUUUAUGCACAUCCAUGGGUCGAAUGAUCCAGCAUCUAUGCUCAUCUUAAAAACUAAAUUUGAAUCGCUCAUGUGCCAACCUCAUCCCUAAUCAAAUGAACAUGACAUGCUGGCAAACAAAACCACGUGCUACAGUAACGAAUGUACUUAUUUUUUUGUUGUUGUUUUCCUGGAACUUGAAAUGUUUUAUUUGCAUAAAUAAAGUGUUGUAAAUAUUCA